GAACUCAUGGAGCCGUGCGCAUAUGAGCAAGAAACUAAUCCUUCAUGCCGUGGUCGUAGUAGAGUUAUUCCGGCUUCUGUGUGCGGGCUGCACAGUCACAUGCACGACCAGCGUCGUACUCGUGCCCCCCAUGAACCACAGUGAGGACUAAAUGACAGCUUGGGCACAGAGGAUCCUAUGGACUACAUAUCAUUGCGCACGUCAGCGACUACUGGUUCCGUUGCAGUCCGGGUGGUGACUCCACUUCUCUCCUCGCGGCAACAGCUGGCUGCCAGCUCACAAGAUCCAUGAUGUGCUGCACUGUAGCUGAAAACACAAGAACUUUGGCCUCUGUGUCUGGGAGCCCUGUAGCCAACAGUCACUGCUACUUUCUUCCAAUAGGACUAAUUCAGACUCAGCCUCAAGCCCUAAAUAAUCAAUGAUGGACAGGGAGAAGCUAGGAGGCUGAGAGGUGGCCUUAGUCCCAAACCAUAGGAAAAUAUACCCAACCAUAACAUUUUCCUUUCAGAAGUCAACUUUUGCCAUAUAAAAAAAUGCCUUUGAAUAUUAGAGCCAAGCCCUCACAGAGCAGGCUGUCCGCUGGCCCAAAGAGUGCCGGGCCGACUGAGGCCAGCGCGUCUCAUUCACGCUUCUCGAGAUCCCCCAAACCGGGGAAAGGCAAACAGGCCACGAGCUCAACGCCAGGCUGCCGCUCAGGGCUAGAAGCUGGAUCUGUGUCAGGAGGUGGGCCUGUACCAGCACCAGCACCUAAACCUGCAGGAGGUCAACGGUUGGUGGCGAGGCCUGGUUCAAAGAGCAAACCUGCCAUAGUACCAGACAAAGGAGCAGCUCGUGGUUCAGCCACAGCACCAGGUGGUAAAACCCUGUCUAUGGAGAAUAUCCAGUCCUUGAGUGCUGCCUAUGCCACCUCAGGCACCAUGUAUCCCGGUGAGCGGGAUUCCUUGGAACCCCCGGGUGGGUAUCCCAAAGGUACCAUGACGCUCGGCAGGAGCACCAGCCGCUCCUCUUACACUGCUCGGAUGUCAGGCAUGGGCAGCAGCCCAAACAUCACCUCCUCUGGGCUGCAUCAGCCGUCGGACCAGUACGGAGACCACACCUUGCUUCCCACAGGGACGGCCAGUCUGCGGCGUCAGUCGGGGAGACAUCUGGAUUCUGCUGGACGGGGAGAGGCUUCCUCAUUUGAUCUCCAGAAUCAGCUGAGGGAGCUGCAGAGGGAGAAUGACAACCUGAGGCGAGAGAUGGAUGGAGGGAGGAAUGGAAAGACGGGCCCCGGCGUGAACAGCGUCAACUUCUGGAGCCCUGACGUGAAGAGAGACAAGGGGGUGAGGCGGGACGAGGGGUUGAGGACCGCAGUGCCGAAGGACCAAUACAGGACGAACCAAGAGGAUCUGCAGCAUGGGGAUAUCAGAAGAAACAAGCAGCUUCCGUUGACAGUCCAGGAGCUUCAGGAGGAGCUGAGGGCUCACAGAGAGAUGAACAGUCGAUCGCAGCAACAACGACCGCAGGGAAACUCCGGCUCCUAUCUGGAACUCCACAUGGACCAGGACCACAGAGGGGGGCUCAGUCCUGGGCACAGCCCUAGACAAAGCCCUAGCAACCUGCACAGUCCUGCACCGAAGAACAGCCCCAGAGCCAGCCCGUCCAACACUUACAAUCCAAGGCAACAGGAAGCAGAUAUCAUCAUUCACAGCCCUGGGUAUGGUUGCAACACAACAGUGGCCUCGCAGAGAAUCAGCCCAGCCAACACCCUUCAGCCUAAGCCAAGGAACAGCCCAAAUCAGCCUCUCUACGGUCCCAGCCAAGGACCGGUGGUAGCGCCCAGCUCUAGUUCCCUUCGGCCCAGCAGUCCCUGCCAGGUGCCUGGGUGUGACGGCUUCUCCUCGCCCCCUCCUGCAGAUCCCUCAGAGGACAAUUUCCUCCGGCUGCAGUCGGAGCACGAGCGGCAGGCCAAGGAGCUGUACCUGUUGAGGAAGACCAUGGAAGAGAUGGAGAUGAGAAUUGACUCUCAGAAGCAAACGCUGGGCGCCAGGGACGAGAGCAUCCAGAGGCUGCUGGAGAUGCUUCAGGGUCAAGGUCAACAGUGGAGUCGGGGGCAGCGAACAGGCAUCAUAACCAUGGCAGCGCAGGAGGCCGAGGCACAGCUGGAGAACAUGCAUGUGAGAGAGAACACCAACCACCCUUUCUGUUUUGAUCCUGACGUUAUCUGGCAGGACACCAAAAUCUCUUCCCUGGAGAGGAACAUCAGAGACUUAGAGGAUGAGGUCCAGAUGAUGAAGACCAGCGGCCUGCUGCACCCUGACGACAGGCAGGAUGAGGUCAAGCACGUGGAGGUCUACAAGAGCCAUUCGAAAUUCAUGAAGACCAAGAUAGAGCAGCAGAAGCAGGAGCUGAACAGGAAGGAGACAGAGAUGCAGACCCUGCAGACCAAACUAGAGACACUGACCAAUCAGAACUCGGACUGCAAGCAACACAUCGAGGUGCUCAAGGAAUCACUCAGCGCCAAGGAGCAACGUGCCAGCACUCUGCAGACAGAGGUAGAUGCUCUGCGGGUGCGUCUGGAGGAGAAGGAGCAGUUGCUGACGAAGAAGACCAAGCAGCUGCAAGACCUGACCGAGGAAAAGAGCACACUGACCGGUGAGAUCAGAGACAUGAAGGACAUGCUGGACGUCAAGGAGAGGAAGGUCAAUGUCCUGCAGAAGAAGAUUGAGAACCUGCUGGAGCAGUUAAAGGAUAAAGACAAACAGCUGGCUGGGUUGAGGGAAAGGGUCCGGGGCCUGCAAACCGACUCCAGUAACACAGACACAGCCCUGACCACACUGGAGGAGGCUUUAUCAGAAAAGAAGAUCCAAAUCACAGAAGAGGUCGUCAGGAAGUGUCCGGACAUCACAGAUCGUCUGAGGCUGCUGGAGCAGGAAGUGGCCCGUUACAGAGAGGAGUCUGGGAAGUCCCAAUCCGAGGUGGAGAGGCUAAUGGCUGCCCUGAGUGAUGCUGAGACGGACAAAUCAAGCAAAGAGAGGAAGAUCUCAGAUCUUGAGAGGUGAGGGCAAAUCAAGUCUCCUAACAUCCAGAAGCAGAUGGUUCCCGGUGAGACGAGGAAAGAUGCCAUGACUGAUGGACAUCCGCACUCUUUAUCGCAGUUUCCUCUUUUGGCUUCCCAGGAUGCCAUGCGGGAGACAGCGGAGCGGAUCAGGGAGCUGGAGAUGGCACUGAGGGAGAGCAUGAACACAUCUGCACAUAGGGAGGCUCUCUGGGCGCAGGAGGAGGCGGCUCGGGUUCAGGCCCAGAGAGAGCUGGAGGAGCUGAUGGGCGCUCUGGAGAAGACGCGACAGGAGCUGGACGCCACCAAAAUGCGUCUGUCCUCUACGCAGCAGUCCCUCCACGAGAGAGAUGGACACGUCAGCAGCCUGCACCAGGAGAGACGCAAGCAGCUAGAGGAAAUUCUGGAGAUGAAGCAGCAAGCUUUGCUGGCAGCCAUCAGUGAGAAGGAUGCUAACAUCGCCCUGCUGGAACUGUCCUCCUCCAAACGGAAGAAAGCCCAGGACGAGGUGAUGGCUCUGAAGCGGGAGAAAGACAGGCUCAUGCACCAGCUCAAGCAGCAGACUCAGAGCAGAAUGAAGCUGAUAGCAGAUAACUAUGGGGAAGAUCACGUCCACCAACAACACCAUCCUCACCAUGCUCACCACAUGCAUCCGGCAAACGUCCAUCACAGGAGCCUGCCAAGAGGGCCCCCCCAUGCCAACCACCGACCUGCUAUGGACCAGGAUGAUGAAGAAGGAAUAUGGGCAUGAUUACCGCUUCCAUGGGAACCCUGCAUCCAAGUGUUAAUACUGCUUGUGGAGCCGCGCAACCAAGAGGUUCAAGAGCUUCAACUGCAAGAGAACACAAAGUCGAGCAGCUCAUACCUCCCCGGCAUCACGACCACCAGACAAACACACGCGCUCUCCAGGAAACACCAUUUCAAUUUCCUUGUGGCCGCGCCGCAGUGGUCGGUCGAGAUUUUUCCAUCUCACCGAUGAAUGUUACCUUCACUAACAUGCACAGUGGCCCGCUGAGGACCGCGUCCCGCUGUGGGUGAAUGUUCCCCCACCAGAGCAUCACUCAUCAUUCUGCAGCUUAAAGGUAUUGGCAAGCGGUCCACUGCCUUGAUUUUCCUAGCUGUUUCCAAUAGACUAGGAACUGGAUUCAUUUUGCAGAACCACGGUGCUACAGAGUUCUGGCUUCACAUCAACCGACAAUAACCACUUUGGACUACUAGUGUGGCUACGCUGAGCCCGUGGAACUAGCCGUAAACACGUGUCGAUUCUGGACCGGUUCAUGAUGGCAUGAAUGUGCUUAUAAUUCUGCAGCUAUUUUUUUUCAUUUAUUUACGUAACCUUUAUUUAACCAGGAAGUCCUUUAAGAUUAAAAUCUCCCCUUCCAGGGAGACCUCAAAACUCAAACUUUUGUAAAUAUCACAACACGGACUUCAAAAUCCACAAUCCACAGAGACCUUCUCGAUGUGCCGUGCCAAAGGAGACGUCCCCGUCUGCUGAAACAAAUUACCCAAGCGGGACUUCUUCUGCCUCAUUGGGGCUACCCAGUAAACCGCCGUGGUCUGACUGUCUUCCACUUCCUGUGGAGAGAUCAACAAGAAAAAAAGGGCAAACCCUGGGCUUGAGGAUGCCCCGUGAAAUAAAGGAACAGUUUGAGGAUCAGUUUACACCUUCUCUAAAAAUCAGGCCCUUAAUGAACAGGGGAGGAAACACAGCUGACCUCAAAUCAGCCAGAUUACUGUAAGAACAGCGUGUUUAUACAUUUCUCCUUGUGUUCUCCCAGCCUGCUGUACGUUUGUUUAAUGAACCGAUAUCAUGUUCUGUUUGCUUUUCUACAUCCGAAACAGUUUCGAGUGCCACUCUUCUUCUUCUUCUUCUUCUUCUUCUUUUUUGAAGUUGUAACAGCUGUGUGUGACUUAUCGCGCUGAUGAGUGAUGUGUUCUUUUAUUGUCUAUUUAUUGAUCCUGAGUGGCUAAUCUGUUAAUUAUGAAGUGACUUGCACAUCAAAGCACUGUGUCAUUACUUUUUUUCACAGCAAGAGAGUAUUGUUGUGUUGGAUUGAACUGUUUAACAUUUUCUUUUUUCCAUCUGGCCCUUACCUAGUAUGUACAGAUUUUGUACAGUGUGUGUGUGUGUGUGUGUGUGUGUGUGUGUGUGUGUGUGUGUGUGUGUGUGGUUUCUGUGCCGCUCAUAUCAUUGUGGCGACCGAGAAAGGUUGGGGGUCAACAUCAUUCACCCUCGACUUGUUCCACAGUGUUUUGCAGUGGU